CCACCACCCUUCAGUCCCAUCGAUCGCCUACUGAUCAGUGAUCACAGGCCUUGCGUAGAAAAUAUACACAGAGAAAGAAAACAAGCACACUCCAUAGUCCAUACUGCACAGAUGGAGGAGCCACAAAUGCAAUCCACAAAAGAACUUCUCACCCAGGUUGCCGGGCCGGUGGCAUCCGCGGCGCUGGCCGUUCUGCUGGUGGCGCUUAGCACGUACGGCCGCCGGUGCCGCCACCCGGUGCUGCGCCUAAUCCUUUGGGGCGCCUCCACCGCCUUCAUCCCCCUCACCUCCACCGUCAUCUCCUCCUUGCUGUCGAGGAGGGAUGCGCUAAAAGACAGUCUGUGCAAAACCAAAGAGCAGUGCCCGGAAGUGGCCUCCGGCAAGGGGAGCCCGGAGGUCCAGACCAUGUGGACGCUCAUCCUGUGGACGCUCCUCAUCCUCAUCAUCAAGGGCAACGCCGACACCGCCGCGGCCACCUCCGCCGCGACCUCCGUAUCCCCUUCUUCCAGCGACACCGGCGUCGACGGCCAGAAUGUCCGGACCCCCGUGGAGCUCGUCGUCACGUACGUAAUCCUGGGUGGCCUUAUCGUCCUCUGCUUUCCGGAAGCCGGUUGGCUGGGCGUUACAGGAAAAGGCAUCUUCCUCGUGCUCUGCGUGCUCGGCUUUGCCAAGUUCGUGCUCAAGGUGGCCGUCUUCUUUAUGGCGAGAGGCUCGUACGCGGUCGGCAAGAACGCCCGGCUCGUCUCCGGUUACAUGGCCCAGCUCGUCGAAGACGGCGCUGAGGAAGGCUACGGGCAUGUGCCUCCUUACCUCGUCACGGGGGAGAGCAAGGAACACGUGGAGGAAAAACCUCACGGGUUUCGCGUCAAGGGCGAAGCUCUGAAGGACAAGCUCAGCUCCCUCGUGACGCUCAGCCGCGUGUGGCAGCUGUCGGAUCACGGCGGCGGACUCCUCGCCAAGCGGCGGGAGCUGAGGGACCUCUGCCUCUCCUUCGCCCUGUUCAAGAAUCUCCGGCGGCGGCUCUCGGGUUACCCCCUGGCCGAGGAAGGGUCAAGCAACGCGCUCGACUUCGUGCUCAGAGGCAUGGACUCAUCAUCUGCCGUUGCCGCCGACGGCAGCAAAGGAAAUGCCGCGGAUGCCGACCGGGUGUUCAGAGUCCUCGUGGACGAGCUCUGGUUUGCAAGUGACUUCUACUAUUCCCCGCUCCCGUUGUGCUCGUUCCGCGGGUGGUGCGCCGUCCUCAACUACAUCCUCUCCGUCCUGGUCGUCGCCGUAGCUAUCGGCGUAGGAUGGGUUUUUACAGUCCACAGAGUGAUCGUUUUCACCGAAGCUCCCGAAGUUCCGGGCAAGCCGAAUCUCCCGGUGCCGACACCGGCGCAACAGGCUUACUUUGUUAUCACGUGGUUCCUGCUGCUUGCCACCGUGCUGACCGAGACCUGGGAGAUCAUCGUCGGCCUGUGCUCCAACUGGACGAAGAUGGCCUUGCUGGGCGACUACAUCACACGCGAAUACUCCCCCAGCGGCCAGAAGGCGCUGGAGGCGGUGCUGCGGUUCAGGCCGGCGAGCCGCUGGAGCGACAAGAUCGGGCAGAACUCGGUGCUGGAGCCACGCCGGUUCGGGAGGCGGUCGGGGCUCUUCUCGGAGAAGUUCUACGGGCGCGCGGGGCUCAUGAGGUCGGUCCAGAUCUCGGCAGCCGCGAAGGACGCCGUGCUGAGGUCCGUGAAGAGCAGCUACGGCGGGAUGAACAAAGGGAUCAGCACCGGGGCGCGGCGGGUCGGGCUCGGCGGCAAGGUCGAUUGGGCCUGGCCCAGGCCCAGCAAUUCCUUGGCCGAGAAAGGCUCCUCUGCGCUCGGAAGCAGCAGCACGACGGAGCAUAUCCUGGCUUGCCACAUCGGCACGAGGCUGUUCGAGAUGAGGUACUCGCACGUCGCGGGGGCGGCCGCGGCGGCGGACAUGGCCGCCGCCAGCCAGCUGUCGUUCUACUGCGCGUACCUGGUGGCGGCGGAGCCGGGCUUGCUGCCGGACAACACGGCGUGGACGGAGAAACGGUACGAGGAGGUGGCGGAGGGCGUGAAGGCGGCGCUUGGGAAGGACGACGGUGGCCCCACCAGCGAGUCGACGGCGCAGAGGUACGGUCGGUAUUUGAAGGAGCUCAAGAGGUCCCGCGACGAGGUGUUGUGGCGUGGAGCAGAUCUCGGGAAGUCCCUGGUGGAGGCGUAUGAGGAGGACGAGGCGGCGGCGUGGCGGUUCCUGGCGGACUUCUGGUCGGAGAUGGUGGUGUUCGUCGCGCCGUCGGAGAACGUCAAGGGCCACGUCGAGGCCUUGGGUCGCGGAGGGGAGUUCCUCACGCUCGUCUGGGCGCUGCUGCUGCACGCCGGCGUCACGGAUCGGCCCCAGGCACCUCACAGUAUCCCGUAAUCUGGGAAUGUAAUUUUCUUUCCGUUCCAUGCCCAUCUCUUAGUUGGGAAGCAUUUUCUUUUUUUUCCUCCAUUUCUUCUCGUAAUUAUAAGCAAGUACUUUAGUAUCCGAAUUCUCUUAAUUGAAGAUGUAACUAUCAUUACUAAGAAAUAAAGAGGUGCUUUGCUGUAAAAAAACUUUUUGAAA